CUCUCUCUCUCUCUCUCUCUCUCUCUCUCUCUCUCGUACACAUUCAUCCUGCUCGCAUCAAUUUCUCUAAUUUGACGUGUUUUUUCGAAGAUCUUCAGUAGAAUUUUCUAAUUUCACGGCUGACAAACGCAGAUUCAUGGCAGAUAAAACUGGAGAAUUGGAAACGAUAACAAUGAGUAUGAAGCAAUUAAAACUAGAUCCGGAUCAAACCAUAGAAGGAUCUCCAGAUUGUAAUUCAGAAACUGUUGAAUCCGAUGGUGGUGAGUGUAACAAUGAUAUGCAUUCUGAUCAAGAGCAGCGCACCCUUCCCAUAUUUGAAAAAUUCGAAAAGUUGAGCAACAAAGUGAAGAAUCUGAGAAAAGAACAUACUGCAUUAUGCAACGAAGUGAAAAACAUUACAACGGAUUCUUUUCCUGGCUCUGAAGUUUUUACUGCUCUUCAGAAUCUUGGCGAGGAACACGAGAACUUAAAAAAGAAGUAUCAAGAAGAGUGCCAAACAUUGAAGAACAGAUUCCAUCUAGAAUGCUCAGAGAGAAGAAGACUCUACAAUGAAGUAAUUGAACUCAAAGGAAACAUCAGGGUGUUCUGCAGAUGUAGACCCUUAAAUCACGAUGAGAUCACUAAAGGGUCAACUUCAGUGGUUGACUUUGAAUCAGUUCAAGAAAACGAGCUCAAGAUAAUCGGGUCAGAUUCAUCUAAAAAGCAAUUCAAGUUUGACCAUAUUUUCAAACCAGAGGACAACCAAGAGGCUGUUUUUACACAAACUUUGCCUCUAGUGGUAUCAGUCCUGGAUGGCUUUAACGUAUGCAUUUUUGCAUAUGGACAAACUGGAACUGGAAAAACAUUCACAAUGGAAGGAACACCUGAACACAGAGGAGUCAACUAUCGAACACUGGAGCAACUAUUCAAAGAAUCUGAAAACAGAAGUGAUAUCAUGAGAUAUGAACUCUUUGUCAGCAUGUUAGAAGUUUACAAUGAGAAAAUCCGCGACCUUUUAGUUGAAGACACUGAACACCCUGCUAAAAAGUUGGAAAUUAAGCAAUCAGCUGAAGGAACACAAGAAGUUCCCGGACUCUCUGAGGUGGCUGUGUACAAGACAGAUGAAGUUUGGGAAUUGCUGAAAAGUGGGAGUCGUGUCAGAUCUGUUGGAUCUACCAAUGCCAAUGAGCUAAGUAGCCGAUCUCAUUGCUUAUUGAGGGUGACUGUUCGUGGGGAGAAUUUGGUAAAUGGACAGAGGUCAAGAAGUCAUCUUUGGUUAGUUGAUUUGGCGGGAAGUGAACGUGUGGGGAAGAUUGAAGUUGAAGGUGAAAGAUUGAAGGAAUCCCAAUUCAUAAAUAAAUCACUUUCAGCUUUAGGUGAUGUGAUUUCAGCUCUUGCAUCAAAGACUUCUCACAUUCCUUACAGGAACUCAAAGCUUACACAUAUUCUUCAGAGCUCUCUAGGAGGUGAUUGUAAGACAUUGAUGUUUGUGCAAAUAAGUCCAAGCUCAUCAGAUUUGGGAGAAACAAUUUGUUCCUUGAAUUUUGCAAGCAGAGUGAGAGGUGUUGAACAUGGCCCAGCUAGAAAACAAACUGAUGUCACUGAACUUUUCAAAUAUAAGCAACUGGCUGAGAAAGCAAAACAUGACGAGAAAGAAACCAAAAAGUUACAGGAUAAUCUACAGUCUGUGCAACUACGUCUUUCUGCAAGAGAACACAUAUGUAGAACUCUUCAAGAAAAGGUACGAGAUCUUGAAAGUCAAUUAGCUGAAGAGAGAAAAGCGAGACAAAAACAAGAAAACCGAGCUCUUGCUGUGGUUUCUUCUUCACAAUCUUCAUUAAAACAAAGUCUGACUACAAUAUCGGAAAAAAGACCUCCAUUGAUUCCUUCCACAUCAAAACUCCGCCUCCCUCUCAGAAGAAUCACAAAUUUUGUGUCCACUAAUCCACCAUCAUCCGCCACCUCAAAAUUUAAAUCCAAUUACAGCAGCUUACUUUCCGAUGAAAAGGAAAACCUCUCAAAACCACAAACCACCAAACCGCUCUCUCGGGCCCGCCGCGGAUCCAUCGCGUCAAAACCGACUCCGGCGGCAAAUCAGGUUUUGAAGCCGAAGAGGCGGGCGUCGAUUGCCGCUUUCCAUUCGGAAUCAAGCAACACUCCGGUGGCGGGAACUAUCGGUGGUGGUGGUUCGAGGCUGAGGGAUGAUGGUAAUCGGGUGGUGGCGCGGCAGUCGUUUGUGUGGGAUAGGCAAAGGGUGUUGAGGACUUCGAGGGUGGAGUCGCCGUUGGAUAAGGAGGCGGCGGUGGAGGGGACACCGGUGGCGGCGGCGCCGAGGAGGUUUAUGGGGAGCCCGCCGCCGUCGCAGGCGGUGGGGUCGUGGAAGCCGAAGCAUCCGACGGUGGUGGCGUUGCAGAGGAAACAGUUGGUUUGGAGUCCGUUGAAGUAUAGAGGGACAAAAGCAGUGAGGAAGUCGUUUGUGUGAAACAGUUGAACGUUUGUGGUUAAUAAUUUUUUUUUUUUUUUUUUUUCUUUUGGUGUUUGGAUAUGGUUAAAAUGUA